AUGUCGGACAAGCGUCGCAGGAAGAGUCUCAGUAUCGUAAAGCCGCCCUUGAGCCCUUUGACGCCAAUAAAUGAGCCGUCAGGAAGCCAAUCGCCUGUUUCAUUGCUCAAGAAACGUAUAAGCCCAAAGGUCGCUCCACCUUCUCCAGGCGUAUCUUCGCCAACAUCUCUCCACGAUGUACCUUCUCCCAGCUCUACCGCGCCUCGACAGAUCAAGCACAAGUCCAGUAUUGACAGACUGGUACAAAAAGCGAGGCCGAGAAGUUUACAAAAAUCAGGGCGCCCAUCAAGUCUAUUUGGUUCCUUUCGAGGAGGGGCGCUGUCACCCAAAGAUGAGGAUGACAAUGAGUUGUCACGGACUUCCUCCCAACCUUCGUCCAUUCAUUCUCAGUCGGAGUUUUUCUUAGGACUGGCUGCUAGCCCAGUGCUGCUACAUGGGGAUGUCCAAACUGCCAGUGGCGUAUUUCGCAAGAGAAGCCAGUAUCUCGUCUUGACGGACAGCUACUUGAUCAAGUUCAGAAGCCAGAGCCGGGCAGCCGAAAUCUUCCCUUGUAUACCUUCGUCAAUGGGCCGUGCUAGCGGCGUUCGACAUUCACGGCUCUCUAGCAGUGGAUCGGUCCAUGAAUUCCAUGCUCAAGGAGAGGGACUGCAAGCUGUACCUCUCAAUCAAGUAGUAGCCAUCUACCGAUUGGACGAUGGGAAACCUUACUUCUCCAUUGAAGUUUCGUACCUCGACGAGGAGGCCAUGCAAGCUUCAAGCGUAGUACUUCAACUUCAUGAUCCGAGAGAUCAUGAUCUGUGGCUAUCCUCAAUUCAGGGUGCUGCAAUGAAUGCACGUCUCAAAGAUCCUGUACAAUUUUCACAGCAGCUGGUGGAGUACACUGCCAGAGUCUUAGAGCAAGACAUGGACUACGAUCCGCAUCAAUUCCAUAUGUUUCGGGUGGUCCAGCGUGCUGGCAAAACAGGAGCCACAAGAUCGUCUUCUGAUGACCUUACGAAACUGACGUCAAGCGUAUGUAUACUAGCCAUCGGAGUCUUCAAGCUGCACCUUAUUCCACUACCAAAGGGCCAAAGAACCCUGUCAAACACUUCGCUCUCCGAUCUGAAUGGAAUCUCUCACGGUAUGGCAGCGCUUACAGAGUUUACGGUCGCUCAAGAUGACGACUCUUUUCUUCUUAAAUUCCGCAUUCCACUGCGUCAGAACCUCUCGCUCUCCCUCGCUUCUUCGUGCGUAAAUGAUAUUGCAUUGUCGACUAGAAGGACUACAGAUUUCUUUAGGCCCAAAUGGCCCGAACAGCCAUUUACUUGGAAUGUACCAAAGGUAAUGGAUGAAGACUUUCUAGAGAUCCCACCAAUCGAUGAAGAAAAUGAAGCUCUGAACCGUACUUUAGCAGCUUAUUGUGCGGCAUAUGGUUUGGACGCCUCAUUCGUACGUUAUACGGUCAACACUGAAUGCGAAGAUGGACCAGCGUUCUGUCUCGCCCCACGAGCAGACGGUAAUAAAUACACCUUACUAGAGCUCAUUGCUGUUGUACGAGCUUUACGGUACAACGAAUCUUUUGGUACGUUGUCAUUUGCCGGCGUUGCUCUUGAUGACCUGCAGAGACUCAAAGACCCGUUUGGAUCAGAACAUGUUGCAUGGAGGACUCGUUCUGGCGAACAGCUGAAACAUGAAGAGGAGAGCAAUACGACGUUGCUAGUACAAGAAGUGCGCGCCUUAGCUUUGAACAGUACUUCUCUACGCCGGCUAGACUUCUCUUAUUGCCUUAAUGGCGACCUUUCAUCCGUGGCGGGAUUAAGGGACGACCUCGGGUGCGGUAUAUGUGAAGCACUGUUCCCUCUGUGCGCAAACCAUGCGACCAAUAUCGACUGGGUUGUUCUGAACGGUACCACACUCUCCGAGACAGACCUGGAUUACUUUUUUUCGGCCGCGAUCGACCGUUCAUGCCAUUUUCGCGCAAUAGAUGUUGGGUGCUGCGCUCUCGGCGAUCGUAGCAUGAAUACGGUAUUGAACGCACUUUCCCACCAAUCUUCAACUAUGGAGUCACUCGAUCUCUCAGGGAACCCGGCGCGGCUUGACCCUCAGAUUCUUUGUGCCGAAAUUAGGUCGUUCACUUUUCUACGCAAAGUCAACCUGUCAGAUGUUCCAAGAUUGUCGAAUUCUGAACCAAUACUGUCUCUAGAAAUCCUGCUUCAGUGGAAACUUGAAGACCUUCGUUUGAGUAGAACAUCACUGAAUGAAGAGAGCGUAGACGCCCUCGCUGCUUACCUGCAAAGUUCACAAUCUGCCUCCUUGAGAUCGAUAGACCUUGACGAAUGCCAACUAUCCGGGAAAGAUGCUGCAACACUGCUUGAAUCCUCGGUGAUGUCAAGCUUUCCUCGAGACUUGCGUAUGAAUUUGUCGUCUAAUCGGCUUGAACAUGGGCACGACGCGUUGGUCGAGGCUAUCCAUCAUAGUAAAUGUCCCUCACAGCUAAUAUUACGAAUGAUUGACUACCAAAAUGAGCAUAAUUACCAGCGACUUCUAGACGCUGUCUCCGUCAACAUCGGCUUAAGCUACCUCGAUAUUUCUCAAGUGACUUUACCUUCGGACGCAAAUAUAGCCACAUGCGAAGCACUGGGGCGCCUCUUUGUCUCAAACAAUUCACUGACUUUCCUAGACAUCAGUGGCGAGCAAACGCAUUUGGUUGCUUCAAGUUUGGGCAUCGGCUUGAACUCUGCCUUACUUGGCUUAAAGCACAACAACACACUCCAGGUUCUUCGCAUUGAGAAUCAAAGACUAGGCCUACAAGGAGCCAGUACACUUGCCUCUGUCCUUGAGGAAAAUCAUAGCCUGAGUGAGAUUCACUGCGAGAGUAACGAGAUCACUUUGCAGGCUUUCACUGUGCUCGUCAAUAGUCUAGAACGGAACGAAACGCUCAUGUAUCUGUCCGACAUGGAAAUCGAUCGAGCGUGGGCACUGAGAAAAGUUGAUCGUGAAGCGGAAAGCUUGCAAGAUAGCGCAAAAGCUGGGUCAGGAGCCAUGUCCUCCACAAAAGCGACCGUGAAGAGGACAUUGGGUAAAACACUGUCAGGGCAAAAGGCCGACCAUAAACGAGUUCCCUCCAGCUCAGUACCGCAUGCUGAUCUUCAAGCUGCGUUGGGCAGCUUAUCAGAUCAAUGGGACAAGGAAAUUGCGCGUCUCCAGGAAUACUUGGCAAGGAACUAUAGCUUGAAGGAAGGCUUGCCCUUAAAGUCACCGGGGCCACUUGACUUUGACAGGCCGGGCACAAGUGACAGUCUGGAGACGGCCAUACGGGAUUUCAGCAUGGAGAAAACGCCGAGGGCAGAAGUCGAUCGACAACUUGAGGCCCCAUUGGUGGAUGGGAAAGAAUGGGAUCCGUUCGAGGGAUCUGAAGACGAUGCGGAAGACGCAGAGAGCCCUCUUGAAUUACGGAAGCAAUGA